UUUCACCGUACUGAGCGCUUUGAAAUGAAAAAAGCUACUGAAGCAAGCGCUAGCGAUGACAAAGCUGGAGCAGCGAUGUCAUUCCAACUAUUGUCCAAGAGUGAUCUCAGGCAGGAGACUGUCCAUGACUUUGUGGCCUACACAGCGGAUGGCGAUUGCAUUUCGCUGCUCGGUUCGAAGACGGAGCUGCUUACCCUGGAAUUGAACAGCAAGUCGAACCCUCAGCUGCCCUUUCCCUACGUUGUGGCCAGCUGGAAGUGUGCGAACAAGAAGCGACCACUGGACCAGCUGUCGCUGCAGGUGAAUCUCCAGAAUAUCUACGAGAGCAGCAAUGUGCUGGAGAUGCAACAGCUGAGCCUGGAGCCGGCUUACACGGCCGUUUGCUCGCAAGAUGUGCCGCUGCCCAAUUGGCUGGCCGCCAAAUUGUCAACCCAGCCGCUGCCCAAUGGCCAAAUGCUGUUGGCCACAUUGAACAGCUAUGGAGCGCUGCAUUUGCUGCGCAAAAGUCCAGAGCAGCCGCUUUGGCGGCAGCACGAGAAGGGUCUCAACGUGACCGCAACUCUGCGGGAUACACUGCAGCCGCCAUACGAAGUGCCCGCCGUCAAGAUCAACACGUUCCGGCAAUAUCAGGCAUUUGUGGAUCGCAGCUGGAUAACAAUGUUUGCGUGGCGUCCAGUGGACAGCGGCAGCUAUGUGCUCGUCCUGGGCACAGCUGCCGGCAGCAUAUGGACACUGACCCUGUGCGCCAAUGCAGCCACUGUCCUGGAUCAUUGCGAGCUGCAGACGCUCCUGGGUCGCAUUUGUUUUAUGCAAAUCUACGAGGAUCUGCUGCUUGUGGGCGACCACAACGGCCUGGUGCAUCUAUACAGAUUUGGCACAGCGACAGAGGUGGCGGAGGAGGGUCUCUGUCUGGUCAAAACGCUGUGGCUGCGCCCGGAUCACAUGGGCCUGCAGGAGGCACUGAUUACACACUGUCCGGAGCGCGAUUGCUACUAUAUAGCCUGCUGCAAGGCGGCGCAUCUGCUAAUCUGGUGCAUGCCCAAGCAGGAGGAGGGCGACUGGCUGGAGACGCGUCUGCAUGCAGGUGGCAUGAAGAUCACGGGUCUCUGCGCUCUGGAGAACUGCAACUAUGCGCUGGUCACGGCACGUGGGCAACUAUAUCACAUCGAGCUGAGCCACAAACCCGGGCAACUGUGCGCCAGCAUGCGGCCGAUUGGUGUGGACGAUGCCGAAAACUACCAGCCAGUCGGUCUGUGCUGCAGUCCCAGCAAGAAUCUGCUGACCAUUCUUUACACGCGUAGCAAGGAGUUUCUGCUCAACAAGACUGUGACCCGCCAUAUGCUGCAUGUGCGCGUGGGCAGAAUCCAUAAUAGCCAGGCGCUGGUGCAGCUCGAACGUCGCAUCAAUCCCAGUCAGCCCAUCAACAGCUGUCGAGAUCUGUUGGUGGACAUGCGUCUGGAAAUCUUUCAAGGUGUCCAGCUGGAGGAGUAUGUUAACUAUGCGCCAUUCGAUAUGAUUGCCUUCGACGAUCUGGCCACCGAGAACCAGCAGCAGCAGCUGCAGCUCAAGUACCACAUCUUGGAUGCGCUCAUUCAGAUGCAGCGACAUCAACGCAACCAAACGCUGCUCGAACAAUUCGAGCAGCAACUGCAGCUGCUGUUGGCCAUGCUGGCCCUCACACACAUGCGACUGCGUCUCCAGUUCCUGACCAGCCUGCAGACGGAGCUGACGGCAUUCCAGCGCCAGUCGGCACAAUGUCAGCUGGCGGAGAGUGCGCUUAUCAGGCAACAGCUGGAGCAGCGGCAGCUGCAACGGGAGCAAGCGCCCCAUGCGGUUAUAAAACGUUUCCUGGCCCAAAUGGAGGUGCACUUUGAGCAGCUGCAGCUGAAACUGAAUGUGCCGGAAACAGCACAAAUGGAUGAUGCGUCCGAUCAACAGCUUUGCACUGUUUCCUAUGUGCAGGUGCUGCCCACGCUGGAGCGGCACUAUUGCACGCUGUGCGGACGGCUGGCUCUGCUGGAUCGGCAGCUGCUCCUGGAGCUCUAUGCACCGGGCAGCGUGCUGCUGUGUCCCUGCUGCCAUGGAUCCUACACCUUGGAGCUGUUGGAUGCAUAAACAUGAAGCGAGCC